AUGCACCGCAAUCUUCACUACAAAGUCCUCUCUGGACUUUAUACUUCUCACCCAAUUCACUCGGACGAAAUAUCUGAAAUCACUGACCUACAACCCCUGGCCGACGCCAUGACAUAUCGCCUCAGCAAACCUUUAUCCAAGCGGGAGAAUAAAAUCAUCAAUGAUGUCGAGGAUCUGACGACAUCCGUCUCCGGACACCACUUCGUCAAAAGCCUUCCAGUUUUAGCAUCCCAACUGAACCGCCGCACCUUGCGCGAUCGCGCAGCAUACCUUUUGAGUCAAGGGUCAAUAUACUCUUAUCGAAGGCCAUGUUCCUAUUGCCAUCUCCGUCACCAUUCAUUUUUGGAAAAGACCUGCACACAUCGAUAUCGCCAGGACAUUUACGCGAGCUUACUUGCACGCGACUCUGAGACAGUCUACGUAUUCACGAAAGAUGCACAUAUCCCGCCUGUUGGUUCGGUGCCAGAUCUCCAUGUUAUUCACUGGCCUCUCGUGCUUGGUGAAUGUCCCUCGGGAAAGCGAGGAACGCUGGAAGUAGAGAAUGAAAAUCUACCUGACGGGUUGGAUCUCACAGGGGGAGUUGUACGMGCUGUUUUGCAAUACUGGAGCGAACAUGACGGAUGUAUUCCUUUCAAAACGCAUGUCGGUACACAAGCUACGAUUCUGCGAAUCCGCCAUCAAGAUCCACCUGAGGCGGACUCCAACUACCGAGCUGGGACUGAUCUGGCACGCUAUAUCUUCAUGGUCAGUAACGAGAAGAUGAUUGGUCGGAUGAACGCGGGCAAGGGACGAUGUAACAUCUUCAAGAUCCUCACGGCUCGUCACACGCGGUUUCCUCGUGGCGUUUGGAAAGAAGAGAUCCAAGAUGAGAGUGUUCGAACUUUGAAACCGAUUAAGAGACAGGCGAAAUUCAUCGAACACUUCUGGUCUCGAUACCUACUGUCAGAUCGACAGGUUCGCAAGAUGCAGACCGAGCCACCGCUCUUUGAAGAAUUAGGACGGAGGGAUUUCCACAGGAUGAUCUCUGCGCUUCUACGAACCGUCGACUCCACGCUCGAGGGCGUAGAGUCCGCAAUCCAGAAAUUGAAGCUGGGGAAAUGGGAAUAUACUGAGGAUAUGGUGGACGAAAUGAGAAAAAAAUCUAGACAGGCGAGAGGGGCUGCGCGUGAUUUGUGGAAGUUCAUGAAGCUUUUCAAGGCUCUGCUUACUUCUCAUCUAGAGUGGUUGGGACGGGUUACUGAUGCCAAGGACUCGUUUGCAUCGUGUCGGAUUCUUGAUAAAAUCCCUAUCGAAAAGACUAUGGAUGCCUCCACCGAGGGAAAUGGCGGGACCCAAGCUUAUGCAGCUGGAUMUAGCAGAGAUUCUUUCGAACAUCUGGCUGUGAUGUACACGGGAAGACUGCACCCGAAAUCGCAAUGGGCAAGAGAGACGUUGAACUAUCUGCACUCCCUUUGCUUGUAUGUGAUUGCGUUGGAAGAGACUGUGGAGUUUAGUGAUCGAAGAAGGCAUGCUUUGGAAAAGAUUGAGUCGAGGCAGAUUCGCGAGUCGUACUUGGAGGUGGUGGAUGUUAAAGCUUUCAUCCCUGAGGCGGAGCCUGAGUGA